AUGAGGAGCAGGCCAGCAUCAUCUCCCACAUCAAGACAUCACGAAGCCUCCACUCAUGGCCACAUCCCCGUUUCUGCUGGAUCCUGUACAGUUCUGGAGGAUCUGUUGAAGACCAGAGAGGGAGGAGAGCUGCCCAAGACCCUGACUGAGAUGUACAUCCACUUCCUGGUGGUUCAGUCCAAACUGAGUGACGUGACCUCUCAAAGAGAAGCUGUGAAGCUUGUCUCAGUCUUCAGCUCCCAGUCCUCUAGUCUGAAAGAUCUGGACCUGAACCUCUCAGAGAGAAGCUGUGAAGCUCUGACCUCAGUUCUCAGCUCCCAGUCCUCUAGUCUGAAAGAUCUGGACCUGAGUAACAACAAACUGCAUGAUUCAGGAGUGAAGCUGCUGUCUGCUGGACUGAAGAGUCCACCCUGUACACUGGAAAGUCUCAGACUGAGUGACUGUAACCUCUCAGAGAGAAGCUGUGACGCUCUGUCCUCAGUUCUCAGCUCCCAGUCCUCUAGUCUGAAAGAUCUGGACCUGAGUAACAACAACCUGCAGGAUUCAGGAGUGAAGCUGCUGUCUGCUGGACUGGAGAGUCCACACUGUACACUGGAAAGUCUCAGGCUGUCAGGCUGUCUGAUCACAGAGGAAGGCUGUACUUCUCUGGCCUCAGCUCUGAGCUCCCACCCCUCCCAUCUGAGAGAGCUGGACCUGAGCUACAAUCAUCCAGGAGACUCAGGAGUGAAGCUGCUGUCUGCUGGACUGGAGGAUCCAGACUGGAGACUGAAAAGUCUCAGACUGAGUGACUGUGACCUCUCAGAGAGAAGCUGUGAAGCUCUGUCCUCAGUUCUCAGCUCCCAGUCCUCUAGUCUGAAAGAUCUGGACCUGAGUAACAACGACCUGCAGGAUUCAGGAGUGAAGCUGCUGUCUGCUGGACUGGAGAGUCCACACUGUACACUGGAAAGUCUCAGGCUGUCAGGGUGUCUGAUCACAGAGAAAGGCUGUACUUCUCUGGCCUCAGCUCUGAGCUCCAACCCCUCCCAUCUGAGAGAGCUGGACCUGAGCUACAAUCAUCCAGGAGGCUCAGGAGUGAAGCUGCUGUCUGCUGGACUGAAGCAUCCACACUGGAGACUGGACACUCUCAGGGUGGAGCCUGCUGGAGUCCGAUGGUUGAGACCAGGUCUGAGGAAGUAUUCCUGUGAACUCACAGUCGACACAAACACAGUACACAGAAACAUCAAACUGUCUGACAACAACAGGAAGAUGACACGUGUGGAUGAGGAUCAGUCACAUCCUGAUCAUCCAGACAGAUUUGACUCCUACUGGCCUCAGAUGCUGUGUAGAACUGGUCUGACUGGUCGCUGUUACUGGGAGGUCGAGUGGAGAGGAAGAGUUCAUAUAUCAGUGAGUUACAGAAGAAUCAGAAGGAAAGGAGGCAGUGAAGACUGUGUGUUUGGAAGGAAUGAUCAUUCCUGGAGACUGAAAUGCUCUGAUGAUGGUCGUUACUCUGUCAGUCACAAUAACAGAUCAACAUCCAUCUCCUCCUCCUCCUCCUCCUCCUCCUCCUCCUCCUCCUCGGUCUCUGACAGAGUAGCAGUGUAUGUGGACUGUCCUGCUGGCUCUCUGUCCUUCUACAGAGUCUCCUCUGACACACUGAUCCACCUCCACACCUUCAACACCACAUUCACUGAACCUCUUUAUCCUGGGUUUGGACUCUUGUGUUCUGGUUCUUCAGUGUCUCUGUGUGGUCUGUAGGACGGAGAGUCUCCUCCUGUGAGACAAACAUUGUCUCUGCUGAACAGAUCAGUUGAGUGUGUCCAGGAUCACAUAGCUGAUGUUAUUUCUGUCCCACACCAUGUGUCCCUGGUUAGAUUCUGGUGGGGCCCUUUACUGCAUGUCAUACCCCUCUCUCUACCCCCAUGUUUCCUGUCUGCGUCUCCUACGUGUCCGUAAAGACAAAAUGUCCAAAACAAAGACAGAAAAGCUGAAAUAAAAUGUGUCAUGAGCACAGAGUGUGACGGCUUAUGUUCAACAAGUGUGUGUGUGUGUGUGUGUGUGUGUGUGUGUGUGUGUGUGUGUGUGAAGCCCGAGCUUGUCCCACAGCAGGAACACAACCCCAUUCUAAAGUGUCCAUGAGCUGUGCAGCUCUUUGCUUUAAGAACUCACUAACGUCACUGAGGAGAAAACCGUAGUCUCAAUAUUCAGGAACAAGCAGCGCAGCACUGUCCUGACUGCAUCAUCACUUCCUUUUUAAAGAGCUUUGUAUCUCUUGGAGAUGUUUGGCUUUGUCUUGUCUUCCAGGAUAGAACUGCUCAGUUUGUCAACUUGCAGAUGACGCCGGCCGAUGAUGUCUUUGUAACGGAGUGAUGCUGUCCUAGUUUCUUUUUUUCAAAUGUCAUUUUUCUCUUUUCUCAUUUCCAAGUUUGGACAUGUGAACUUUGUGUGCUGUUUGUUUUAGGAUUCUUUCUUUCUGCGAUCAGCUGUUCAAGAAAAGGAGGAUAAAACAAGUGUUGCUCUGUUUUGUACCUUUUCUUUCUUUUCUUUGUGACUGCAGUGUUAUCUUUGGACCAGUCUGAUGUUAACAGGUUAGACAGUCUUCACUGUGUCCACAUGAAAUGAAACCAGCAUUCAUCAGCACCAGUCACUUGGGUCUGACCCGUGUGACCAAUCUAUGAUGACAAACCCUGAAGUUUGAAUGCUCUGAUUCUUGCUACUGAUAGUUUGAUUUCUGUUUUUCAAACAGUGUCAUGUGAUCAAAUCCUCUCAGCACUGGAGUGUUUUUGUUGUCUCUCAUUGUAAUGUUAAUUGGACCUCAUUAAAACCAGUCUCUGAUUGAA